AUGAAUAAUACUUUUGAUCUGAGGAUAUAUUAUCAACCAAUUGAUCCGUAUCAAACAAGUUUAUCUUUAUCACAAAAUAAUAAUAAUAAUAAUAAUAUUAAUAAUAGACAAAAUCAAAAUUUGUCUUCUAAUUCACCAAUGAUUCAUAAUAAUAAUAAUAAUAAUAAUAAUAAUAGUAAUAAUAGUAAUAACAACAAACGUAUUUCUUCAAAUCCAUUACAAGAAUAUUCAUUUGAUAGUAGUAAUCUGGUUAUUGAUUUACCAGCAACUCCUCAGGUAUCAUCGCCGAGAUUCAAUAACACAAAUAUAAGAUCAUCUUCAUUUAAUCGGAAAAAUUUAAUUCAACAAAUGAAAACACCCACUCCGUCAUCUUAUGAAAUACCUUCAAGUCCCAGUGUAAAUCAGCAAAAUCAUUCAGAUCUGUCAGAUUCGAAUCCAGUUUUAGAAGAAGAGGCAAAGAUACAACCAUCAAUACAGCAACAACAAUCACAGCAGCAGCAACAACAACAACCACAGCAGCAGCAGCAACAACAACAUCAACAACAACAAUCUCAGCAACAACAACAAUCUCAGCAACAACAACAACAACAACAACAACAACCAUUACAACAAAGAGCCAUGUCUGAUGAAGAGCAACAAUUAGCUACAAAGUUGAAAGAAACUUAUAAAAAUAUUGUCAAUUAUGAAGAAAUUGUCCAAAAGAAUUGCAUUGAAAUAACCAUUAAAAUAAAUCAAAUAACAACAGCUACAAAUUCAAAUUUAAUAUAUGGAUCACAAAUGGUUAAUCAAAAUUCAACAUCAAAUAGAACGUCAGAAUUACUGAAUGAUUUAUGGACUGCUUAUCAUCAUAAUAUUACAUUAUUAGAUAAUUAUUACGAUUUUUUAGUUACAUCACUAAAACCUGCAUCAAAUCAAACUCAUUUUAAAACAGGUAAAAAUAUUGUUGAAUUAUAUAAAAUACCAAGAAGAAUGUGGGUUUAUGGUAUAGUUGGAUUUCUUGAAGUUUUAAAAAAUAUAAUGGGUUUAUAUCAAGAUCAUGAAAUAUGUCUGUGUUUUAUUUCAUAUUGUUUUAAUAUAAUUUCAAGUUUAACUGAUCCUGUUUUGGAAAUGGAAGGUUGGUGGAGUGAAAAAUUGGGUGAUUUAUCAAGAAUGGCAAUAGCAUUAUAUGCAUCAAAAUUUAUAGAUUGGAAAAUAAGUGCUGAAUAUUGGUAUUCUGUUGCAAUGAAAACAUUAUAUGGACAUGGAAAAAUUUAUUAUCAUAUGUGUACAGUUCAACAAGAUAAUCUUGAUGCUUUAGUAAAUAUUGGGAAAUCAGUUAUAUGUCGAGAUCCUUUUGUACCAACUCAACAAUAUUUAAGAUUAGUUGUUGAAAAUAUUUGUACUCAAAGAAAUAUUUUGUCAUUUUUAGAAUUACCAAUAAUUGAUUUUAUUAAAAUUCAUAAAGUUUUACUUAGUAUAUAUAAUGGUCGUAAUAAUGAUAGUUCAUCAAUUGAAAGUGUUCAUGAUACUCAAUUACAAUAUGGUAUUGAAUUAGUUACUAGAUAUGCAUUUACAUUUGGGUCAGAUACAAAUGGUUAUAAUUUCUUCACUCGUGAAUUACAUACACCAGGAAUUACUAAUGAUCCAUAUCAACAAGUUCAAGUUCAACAACAACAACAACAACAACCAAGUGCAACAAAUACAUUAGAGAAAAUGAAUUUUUGGUUUAAUAAAGGAUCUUUAUUUGCAAUUGCUAAUAUAAAUCAUCUUAUAGGAUUUGGUGAUGCUAAAAAUCCAUUUGCAAAAUUAUUUCAAUUACCAGAAGCGUUAAAAGAAAGAAAAGAUAAAAAAGAUCGUAAAAGGAAAUCGAAAAGCUCUACUGAUGAUGGUAUUGAAGGUCAAACUGUAUUGGCACAAGAUUUAUCAGUUGAUGAUUGGUUUUAUUGUUUACAAUUUGUAAAUAAAUCAGUUGUUGAUUUAUCAAUAAGAAUAUUAAAUCAUUAUUUAAUUGGUCCAAAACAAGCAUCAACGGGUCAUGUUAUAGUAUGGCUUUAUUAUUUAAUUAGUGUUGGGGAAGGUAUAAAGAAAUUUCAAGCUUCAGAAUCAAUGAUUUAUUGGUUUUUCAAAAAAUUAUUCCCAUGGGAAUCACUAUUAAAUUAUUUAAAUACAUUAUUAGCAUUUGUUAAAAAUAAUCCAAAAUUAUGCAUAUUAUAUACUCAUUAUUUACAAUUAAAUUAUAUUCAAUAUUUUAAUGAAAAUGAAUUUUUACCUGAAGUUUGGAAAUGUUGGGGUACAUUAUGGUUUGAUUUUAUAUGUGAAAAAGGUGAUUAUAAAGAUUUAGAUGAAGCAGGUGUUAAAAAUUCAAAUUUAUUUGAUUUACCAAUAUGUGGAACAUACCCUGUAAUGAAUAUAUCAGGAGAUAAUUAUAAUCAAAAAUCAAGAAAUCAAAUGGAAAAUGAUAAUGAUGAAAGAAUUAUACGUAUUAUAUUAUUAGCAAGAACAAUUGCUGAUAAUUAUAAAUUUGGUUUAGUACGUACAAGUGAUGAAUUUAAAUUUGAUGAAAAUAUUUAUAAAUCAUCUAUUUCAAAUCAACAACAACAUGCUCAAGAAUUUUUAACAGAUAAUAGAUUUCAACAAAAUAAUUUUAUUCAACAAAUUUCACCUGAAAAUUUAACAACAGAAACAAAUAAUAAUUUAACAUCAUUACAAAAGGAUGAAUUAUGGUUUGGUGGCUUUGAUAGUCAUUUAUAUGACGAUGAAAAUAUAGAAUUAGGCGAAGAUAUUAUAGAAGAUGAAGAAGAAUUGGAAGAUGAUUAUAAAAAUAAUUUCUUUAAUGAUAGUUUUAUUGGUACACCAACUGAUUUAUUACCAGGUAAUAUAGAUAUAGAUGGUAAUUUUGGUGAUAAAAUAGAUAGUAAUAUAACUUAUAUUACCUUAGAUACAAAUAUUUGGUUAAAACAUUGUGGUAGAAUUUAUAAAUGUGUUAGAAAUGGAGUCAUAAAAGUUUCAAUACCAUUAAUUGUAUUUCAAGAAUUAAGAGCCCUUAGAAAAUCAAAUGAAGCAACAAUAGCAGAUGCAGCAACAAGAUCAGUUAUUAUAAUAAGAGAAUUAUAUUUAUCAAGAGAAAUUUUACCUUUAAGAUUUGAUGGUACAAUAGCAUCAGAUAUAAAUGAAACAACAGAAUUUGAAAAUAAUUCAAAUUGGAGAUCAAAUGUUGAUGAAACAAUUUUACAUGCUGUUAAUGAAAAUGAUGAAAUUGGUAAAAGAUUAAUGAAGGGUUUAAAUUUAAGAUUAUCAUCAAAAUCAAAUGGUGAACCUGCCGUAUUAAAUUCAAGAAUGGCAAAAUUAUUUAAAUAUUGUAUCUUAAUUACUGAUGAUAGAAAUAUGAGAUUAAGAGCUAAAACAAUUGGACUUACAUCAUUUCAAAGUAAAUGGUUAUUCACACAAUUGGAAACUAUAUUUCCAAAUAAUUGCAUUGAUUAA